AUGUCAGCGGAAACAAUGGCGGAUAGAUUUGCCAGCCACCAGUGUGGUGAUCACAUUUCAUAACGAGGCAAGAUCUGCUUUGCUUCGAACUGUUGUCAGUGUCCUUAAAAAAAGUCCAUCACAUCUUAUUAAGGAAAUCAUACUGGUGGAUGACUACAGUAAUGAUUCUGAGGAUGGUGCUCUCUUGGGAAAAAUUGAAAAAGUGCGGGUUCUUCGAAAUGAUCGCCGAGAAGGUUUGAUGCGUUCCCGUGUCAGAGGGGCAGAUGCAGCACAAGCAAAGGUACUGACCUUCCUGGAUAGUCACUGUGAAUGCAAUGAACACUGGCUGGAACCGCUUUUGGAAAGAGUAGCUGAGGACAAGACCAGAGUUGUGUCUCCUAUUAUUGAUGUAAUUAAUAUGGACAACUUCCAGUACGUGGGGGCGUCAGCUGAUUUAAAAGGCGGCUUUGAUUGGAACCUGGUGUUCAAAUGGGAUUACAUGACACCAGAGCAAAGAAGAGCGCGGCAAGGAAAUCCAGUUGCUCCCAUAAAGACACCCAUGAUAGCUGGUGGGUUGUUUGUGAUGGACAAAUCCUAUUUUGAAGAACUAGGGAAGUAUGACAUGAUGAUGGAUGUUUGGGGUGGAGAAAACUUAGAGAUCUCAUUCAGGGUUUGGCAAUGCGGUGGGAGCCUAGAAAUCAUCCCUUGCAGCAGAGUGGGUCACGUAUUCCGCAAACAGCAUCCUUACACGUUUCCUGGUGGGAGCGGUACUGUGUUUGCAAGAAAUACACGCAGGGCAGCAGAAGUCUGGAUGGAUGAGUAUAAAAACUUCUAUUAUGCAGCAGUGCCUUCAGCCAGGAAUGUACCUUAUGGCAAUAUUCAAAGCCGAAUGGAACUCAGAAAGAGACUUAGCUGCAAACCCUUCAAGUGGUAUCUUGAAAAUGUUUAUCCUGAGUUACGGGUACCUGAUCAUCAAGAUAUAGCUUUUGGGGCUUUGCAGCAGGGUACCAAUUGCCUUGACACUUUGGGCCAUUUUGCAGACGGUGUUGUUGGAGUUUAUGAAUGUCAUAAUGCUGGGGGAAACCAGGAAUGGGCCUUAACAAAGGACAAGUCAGUGAAACAUAUGGAUUUGUGCCUUACUGUUGUGGACAGAGCACCUGGUUCACUAAUAAAACUUCUGGGAAAACGACAGCAGACAGAAAUGGGAACAAAUUGAAAGCAAUUCUAAACUGAGGCACGUUGGCAGCAACCUCUGUCUAGACAGCCGAAAUGCCAAAAAUGGUGGUCUCACCGUUGAGAUCUGCAGUCCUUCUUUGUCACAACAGUGGAAAUUCACACUUAAUCUGCAGCAGUAG